CAUUAGCUGUCAGAGCAGGGAAAUACAUUGAAAUUUGUAGUACACCUCACACGCCAUGGACCCAAGGUGCCCGAACACAGGCUAUGCUCGACCCAAUAAAUCUAGUAAGCUGAGAGCAUCGGCGAAUAAGUUCAGGGAUUCGAAUGAAAGUUUGCCGAGUCCGCCCGGGAUAUCGCGUACGACUUACAAGCUCUGUGGCACUGAGCAGUGUUCGGAGUCUGUCCACAGGCGCAUGGAAGAGCCAGGGAAGCUGCCAUCGCAGAUCCCCCAACCAAAGACGAACACCUUUGGUGCGCAGCGCUUGACAGCCGCCACUCCGGAGCUCGGCAGACGAAAAUCCCGCCUGCGGAUCGUCGAGACACAGUACCAGAUGCUGCAAGGCCAUCAGUCUGACUUUUUAGAUGCAUUGAAAUCUUUGGGUCCGCAGGAGUCCAGGAUGCUUGGCACCUGCCAGCUUGUGCCACUAGUCCUCGACGCGGACAAUAAGUUGGUUCUGCAAAAGGAUAAGGAUCCGAUCAGCGUGCCCCCGAAUUCGUUGCUUUUCGUUUCACAGCCGCCGACAGAGCGAAAGAUGUGA